AUGUCGUUCAGUAAAAAGGAAAAAGAUAGAAUAAAAAAAUUACAUGUUUUAUAUCAAUAUAAUAGACUACAUACUUUACCACAACUAUUAUGUCCAAAUGAGUGUUCUGAAAACGAAAAUACCACAAUUGAACUGAAGGUCGAUGAUAUUCCUUCACAUCAUACUCCAGACAAUUUGCAAUACCAAGCUUUACCCUUAGUUCUAAGUGAACUAUAUUUGAAAAAAUUUUAUAAUAGCUGUAAAAAAAAUCAAAUUGUAUUGGAGGAUAAAAUUCGAGGCCAUUUUAGGAAAAGUAGUUUCAACACAAGAAAACAAUGCAAACUAAUAAACAAAACUAACCGUCAUUGUGAUGUUAAAUUAUAUACUGAUGAUAAUAAAAGUGCUGCUAGUACUACUGUUAUAAAGCCCAUAGAAUUUACCAAAAUCCAUCACUAUAAAUUUUGCAAUUCUUGUGGAAAUUUAAGAAUACCAAUAAUUAACACUGAAUAUAAGUUAUUUAAAAGAAAAUUUACCAAUGUUACUGUCGACAUUAAUGCAGAGGUAUGCAAUUCUACUGCUAUUAAUAUUACUAAAAAACCUAAUGCAAUAAAUAAUAGUGAAAAAAUAAUGGUCAAUAAAAAAAUGGUCAAUAAAAAAAACAAAUAUUGUUUGCAACUUCAUUGCUUAAUAUGUGAUGACACUUCAUAUAUUGAUUACAUAGAUAUACCGCCAACUACUCCACUUCUUAAUGUUUCUACUACUACUACUACUACUACUACUAAUAGACCAUUACUGAAUGCAGAAGUUACAAAAGGUAAUGAAACUUUUAUCAAAAAGAAAAACGCCCUAUCCAAGCAAAGAGCCAAAAAACGUAAAGCUAAUACUUUGGAGAAUAUUUUAAAGGAAAAAAAAAGAAAAGAAGAAGAAUCCAAGAAAAAAAAGUCCAUGUCUUUGAGCCUAUCUGACUUUUUAACCAAAUAA